GAUCUGAAAAGCGCAGAAAAGAGCUUUGCCAGCAAUGCGCACAAGGAUGGCAUCGGUGCUGGUCAGGAGAAGAACACACGGGACAAAGAUUCCACAAGCAGCUUCAGAAGCUGCCACGUGGCUGUGAUGCGCCAGGUGCUGGUGACAAUCCAGGCCGACGCCAUCAAUGGAAAGCGCUACCGAUGGCGCGACGAGGUUUCUAUCGACUCUUCGGCUUCAUCCUUGAAAGCGAAGUGGGCGGAGGCGACCGGAGUGCCGGAGAAGAUGGUCGAAUUCUUCGACGCCGUGACUGAACUGCCCGUCAAGUUGGACCUGACGCCCAGCCAGCUGGGAUGGGCGGAGGCAGUCACUCUGCUAGCCGUGCCAGCCGAUGAUGAAGGGGCUGCCUCACCACCAGAUGCGCAGACGCUCGGUCGGAAGAGGAGGCGGACAGAGGCCAGAGGAGAACCCUUGGCGGCACACACGAAGGACCCGCCUGCUGCGCGGCCAGCUGUUGCAGAGCCUGCGGCCCCAAAACCAGCUCCUGCUACGAGUGCGGCGGCAAGAGUUGCCCCGAAGUCGAAGCCGGCAGAGGCGCCAGCAAAGGCAGGCAGCGCCAAGCCGGCGCCAAAGCCCAGCCCAGGCCCAGCGCCGCCCAACCCCAAGGCUAAAGGGCCGCCCGCUAGUGCAAAGGCAGCUCCCGGCCCUGCGAAAGCUGGAGCCCCGGGAGGGCCAAAGUCGAAGCAGGAAGAUGAUGCCACAAAGCUCGUGGAUCUUCUUGGCAGUCUUCCGGGGCAGGACGAACCCAUCAAGUACGCAGAGAACCCGAAGAGGCCUGGCACGUCUGCACAUGCACGCUACGAGAAGUACAAGCACGCGAAGACGAUCGCAGAAGCUCUGAAAUGCGGCGCUGCAAAAGGCGACAUUGAUCACGACUUCAAGAACGGCUUCCUUCGCAGGGCCUAG